AUAAUAAAUAAAGUGAUAAAGGAUCUCCAUGUUCCAGAUGUAAGAUGAACCAGUGUCAUCAAGCCAUGUGUUCUCUUUAAUGAGCUGGUGCUUAGCUGGAAGUUUUUACGCACGCUGACACAGACAGGUCCUGCCCCCCCCAAAAAAAGGGAGAUGCGCGCGCACAUGCCCGGUUCAGUCUUGCAGUGGGGUAUCCAGCAGCUCAGGUUGCGUAAGCACACGCCGCCUUGAAGCAGGUUUGACUUCCUGCAGACCACAACACGCAGAAACAUUCAGAUGGAGGCAGAAACACACCUGGUGGAUUCUAAAAACCUGCAUAUUUAUCUCUGAUGAUGCAAUAACACGAGUAUGAUGAAUCCAAUCCAUAAUCGAUAACACUGAUCGAUACAUCCUGCAGAGGACGAGCUGCACAAACUUCCUGACGCGAAGGUAUCAGUGCUCUCUCCACCCCAUCGUGAUUCACACGCCGACCAUGAUGACGGUGACGGUGGGAGCGGAGACUUCUGACGUCAGAGGAGGAAAAUGACAAGUGCGUCCAAUGAGGGGCCGAGGAUGUGCAGCGCGAGGACAGAGCCAUCCGCCGAACGGCAAUAACCAUGCCAACCCAGGAAUAUAGCGCGCGCCGCUGACUGGGGGGAGAAAAAAAAGAGAGGGGGGAGACCCCUAAAAGAAGAAGAGGAAAAAGAGAGGCUCGCAGAAAGAGGAGGACAAAGGGCGUGAGCGGAAUUCUGGGGGAUUUUUUGGGGGGAGGAAGAAGACAAGGCGCUGCCAUGAUUCUCUCAUUGGCUGCUGCAGCAGCCAUGAGUAGCGGCAGUGGAGGCAGCUUCAACUCGUCCCCCCUGGAUCCGUUCGACUCCUCCACUUCCUGGAGCCUCGGCGAGGACUUCUCCAACUCCUCCUCUGAGCCGUUUGCUCGAACUGUGACCCCCGACUACCAGCCGGCGGCCACCGCCGUCGCCGUCCAAGAAGUCAGCCCCUGGGAUAUUGCACUUUGUGUCACCGGGACACUGAUAUCGUGUGAGAACGCGCUGGUUAUCGCCAUCUUGUUCUACACUCCGACCCUCCGCGCUCCCAUGUUCAUUUUGAUCGGAUCGCUGGCGGUGGCGGACCUGCUAGCCGGUCUGGGCCUCAUCUUGAACUUUGUCUUUACUUACCUGAUUGACAACUCCCUAGAGUUUGUGACGCUGUUGUCAGUCGGACUCCUCAUCUCCGCCUUCUCGGCGUCCGUCUUCAACAUUUUAGCCAUCACAGUCGACCGAUACCUGUCGCUCUACAACGCCCUGACCUAUCACACGGAGCGGACAGUCACCUUCACCUACAUGAUGGUGGUCUUCAUCUGGGUGUCCGGCCUCACGCUGGGCCUGCUGCCAGCACUCGGCUGGAACUGCCUAAGGGACGAGACGAGCUGCAGCAUCUGUCGGCCCGUCACCAAAAACAACGCCGUGGCGCUCGCCGUCACCUUCCUCUUGGUCUUCGCCCUGAUGAUGCAGCUUUACCUCCAAAUCUGCAAGAUCGCGUUCCGCCACGCCCAACAGAUCGCGGUGCAGCACCAGUUCUUGGCCAUCUCGACCACCAAAGGGGUCUCCACGCUGUCGGCCAUCCUGUGUGCCUUCGGGGCGUGCUGGCUGCCGUUUGCCAUGUACUCCAUCGUGGCGGACUCCAGCUAUCCCAUGAUAUACACGUACGCCACAGUCCUUCCGGCCACCUGCUGCUCAGUGAUCAACCCCAUCAUCUAUGCGUUCCGAAACCCCGACAUCCAGAAGUCGCUGUGGAUGGCGUGCUGCGGGUGCGUCCCGUCCAACCUCUCGCUGAGACCCAGGACCUCCAGUGACGUGUAGCAAGGAACAGUUCAGAGUGUGAGCGGUAAAGACGGAGGCCGUGGGGCUGACGGCGAGCACAGAGCUGGAACGCCACACCGGCCGAUCAGCGAGGGGACGGGAGGUCCGAGGAAACCACGUCCUGGAGGAGUGGUGGAGGUGAGGCCGACCGCGGUCUCCUCAAUGGUGCCAACUUCUUAAAAGUAGCAUACAAGUGAGGAAGAGGAGAACUUGAGCUUCAGCGGAUGGUUAUGCAAUCACUAUUUGUUUUCACUGCUGUGUUUAAAGAAAAAAAAUGAUCAAGCUAAAAUCACAAACUGAAUAACCUUCAGCAUAUGUUCUUGUGAUAUUACAAAAGAGCCAUGAUCCCUUUAUGAAAGAGAGUUUAAAUGUAUGUAGAAGAGUUUUUGAAUUUCCCCAAAGCCAGAAGCAAAAAUGUUCCUUUCCUCAAAGAUUCCAAAACCAAAAACAUAUCGGAAAAUCCAGCACAGAAUUCCCAUAUUUAGGCUGUCGUGUAUCUACUCUGUGUUGGGAGAGAAAAACAAGCUGAGUGUGAAGCUGCUUGCUGAAUUCAGCACCACGGACAGCUCCCCUGCAGAGAGCUGCUGGCUCUGCUGUGUGUGCUGGGGGGUUGCAUGGGAAAGUGGGCUGUUCUCUACACCAGGACUGUAGGCCCUCCUCCGCAUUUGGCCC